AUGAAAGAAAUAGUUCAUAUUCAAGCUGGACAAUGUGGGAAUCAAAUCAGCACAAAGUUCUGGGAAGUGAUAUGUGGUGACCAUGGUAUAGACCCCACUGGAGUUUGUCGAGGGGGGACUGAUCUACAGUUAGAACGUGUCAAUGUUUUCUUUGAUGAAUCAGAACACGGACGUUAUAUGCCCCGAUCUGUUUUAGUCGAUCUCGAGCCAGGCACAAUGGAUGCUAUAAGAUCCGGGCCGUACGGACAAAUAUUCCAUCCAGACAACUUUGUUUUUGGACAGAAUGGAUCAGGUAAUAAUUGGGCGAAAGGUUUCUACACGGAGGGAGCUGAACUUGUCGAGCAGGUUCUUGAGGUGGUUAGGAAAGAGGCCGAGGGAUGUGACCGUUUACAAGGGUUCCAACUGACUCAUUCCCUCGGAGGAGGGACCGGAUCUGGUAUGGGAACCCUUAUAGCAUCUAAAGUACGAGACGAAUACUCGGACCGGAUUAUGUGCACAUAUUCGGUAAUGCCAUCUCGAAAGGUCUCUGAGGUAAUAACGGAGGCGUACAACGCCAUCUUGUCGGCUAACCAGCUACUGGGAAAUACAGAUGAAACAUUCUGUAUCGAUAACGAGGCUCUUUUUGACAUAUGCUACAGGACACUUAAGCUCACGGCACCAAGCUAUGGCGACCUAAAUCAUAUCGUUUCCAAUACCAUGUCCGGUGUGACGUCAUCUAUGCGCUUCCCUGGUCAACAGAACACAGAUCUCCGUAAAUUGGCUGUAAAUAUGAUACCUUUUCCACGUCUCCACUUUCUCGUCCCCGGAUUUGCUCCACUUAUUUCCAGAGGAGGCGCCCUUUACCGUUCGCUUACUGUUGCUAAGUUAACCCAAGCAAUCUUUGACCCCAAAAACAUGCUGGGAGCUUGUAACCCGAGUCAAGGACGUUACCUCACAGUGGCAGCCAUCUUUAGAGGUAGGGUGUCGAUGGCAGAAGUUGACCAAGAAAUGCUUAAUCAGAAAAAUAAAAGUUCAAACCACUUUGUUGAAUGGUUGCCAUGCAAUAUACAGACAGCUGUUUGUGAUAUCCCCCCGCCAAAUCUCAAAAUGUCGGCCACCUUUAUAGGGAAUAAUACUUCGAUUCAAGAAAUUUUUCAACGUAUGUCUACACAGUUUACUGGAAUGUACAGGCGGAAAGCCUACAUUCAUCUGUAUACUGGUGAAGGUAUGGACGAGAUGGAGUUCACAGAGGCCGAGUCCAACAUUAACGACUUGGUUUCUGAGUACCAACAGUACCAGGAGGCUUCUUGUAAUGAUUACGACCUAUCAGACGACGAGGAGGAAGAAGCAGAUGUGUAA